AUGCAAAUAUUGCAAGCUGCUGAUUCUACUGACAAAAUAUUGUCUUUGACAGGUUUUGAAGAAAUAAAUGAUUUAGCUGUUGCUAUGUUUUAAGUCCUCGCUUAUUUAGAAGUUUAAGCUUAGGGGUAUUUAGACAGUGAUAUGGCCCAGAUUAAGUAAUAUUUUGACCCAAAUUAUCAAUCAUCUCAAAAAGAUAGGCUACUUGUGUAUCUCUAACUUUAAUCGAAUUUGAAAAAGAAAUGUUAACUAACUCCCCAGACUCCUAAUGGAAAUUCUCAAAAAGCUUAAUCUCUAAAUUCUAGUUUUGCAUAAUCUUGCAAUCAUAAAAAUCCAGAUUAGGGUAGAAUAAACAGUCUUGCUGGAGAUAUUAAAAGCUUAAGAUUGUUCAAAGGAUAAAUUAUCACUGAUGAGUUAAUAAAUCAGAUCAUUAAAGAAUUUGACGCCUAAAACUUAAACUUUGAAAAGGCUAUUGAAGAUUUAGAAGCCGAAAUGAAAGAUUAUAAGAAGCAAUACAAGUCUUCAAAUUAAGAUUCAGCUAGUUUAAAGUAGCAAAUAGUCAAAUUAUUAGAAGAAAAAGAAGAACUAAUGAACUUAAAUAUGGAUGCAAAGCUAGAUUAUGAUUAACAAAAGCUCAAGAUGUCUAAAAGAAUAGAAGAGCUAAAUGAUCAGCUAAAAAACUUUAAUCAAAGUUUAAAAGCAGAUAGCAAAAGCAAUGAUGAAUUAUUGAAGUAAAUUGAGUCAUUAGAAAAUGAUGUAAUUUAACUGAAGUCAAACGAGGAGAAUCUGGAAAAUGAGAUUAAGUUUUUGCUUGAGUAAUUAGAUAAAUUUAAGAGUUUAGAUGAAGAGUACAAGACUUUGCAAUCAAGUACUGAUAUCAUGAUGUAAGAUCAUUAAAAAUUGAUUGAAGAGUUGAAUUAGAAACAUAUAUUUGGAUUGGAUUCUCUACAAGGGCAAUUAAAGUAAAAGGAUGAGGAAGUAGCCCUUAAGUUAAGGACUUAAUUAGAGGAGAUAUCAAAGCUAAAGCAUGAGAAUGCGAACCUACUGAAAAUGCAGGAUGAAACUGAUAAUUGGAAAGAGUAAAAUUAGACUCUAAAAUUACUAUUAGACAGCAAGUUAGAUUAUAUAUAAGAGUGUGAAAGCCAAAUUGACUAGAGAAAUUAGACAGUAAAAGAUCUUAAGAUGGAGUCUGACAGUCUUCAUCAACAAAUUGAGCUACUAGAAAAAGCAUUAAGAGAAUUCACCUCAAGCAAGAAAAAGAACUACGAUGAUUCUUAUGAAGCUGUUUUGAGAUCUGAGUUCGAACUAAUGCGCUAAAAAUUUGAAAAACAAGUGUAGUAAUUGAAAGAUGACAUAACGGCUAUAAAUAAGAAUAACUCCACUUAAAAUAGCAAGAAUCUGAGAGAGAUAGAAGAUUUAAAGAUGCAAAGAGAUACACUAUCAAACAGACUGGUUAAAAUAAGACUAGAUCAAAAGUAAUGA